AUGAAGGGGAAGAAACGAGACGCCCAGGUCGCUUUCGGUCGCUCCCCCUUCCCCAACGACUUCACGAUGGCUUCCACGGACUCAAAGCAUGACUCUGAUCUCAAGGUCGACAUUGAGAAGACGAGUUCAGAUUCUCCUGCGCCAGCCCUCGAUGCGCAUUAUGACCCCGGCUUUGUGAAGAAGACGCUAUUAAUGGUCGACCUUCGCAUGCUUCCUCUCCUUGGUCUUCUCUACGCUGUCGCCCUCAUCGACCGUACCAACCUGGGUAUCGCGCGUACCGCUGGGAUGGACAUCGAACUCAAACUGGACAUCGGCGAGCGGUACAGCAUCGCUUCCAUGAUCUACUUUAUCCCGUACAUCCUCCUGCAAAUACCGGGCAACAUCGUCCUCCGAUGGAUCGGCGCUCGCAGCUGGCUCACUAUCUGCGUUGUGGGCUGGGGUAUCGCGCAGUUGGGGAUGGGAUUCGUCCCGACAUGGGGCUGGCUGGUGUUCUGUCGUAUCUGGCUCGGCGUCUUCGAGGCUGGUUUCUUCCCCGCCCUCGUCUUCAUCAUUACGACGUGGUACAAACGCCAUGAAGUGCAGAAGCGGCUGGCGCUGUUUUACCUGAUCUCGAUUCUGUUUGGUGGUUUCAGCUCCCUGCUUGCGUAUGGUCUCGCCCAACUGAGCGGCAGAGGCGGCCUCCUUGGCUGGUCCUGGAUUUUCAUUAUUGAGGGCAUCUUAACCAUCGUCCUCGGCCUCCUCACCUGGCUCUUCGUCCCCGACUUCCCAGAUAAGAGCCGUUUCCUUACUGAUGCACAGCGCAAGAUGAUCCUCGACCGCGUUGAAGCCGACCGUGGCGACUCGGUUCCUGACAAGAUGACAGGGGCAAAAAUUAUCCGCCACCUCGGCGACCCCAUCCUUUGGAUUAUGGCUCUCAUGUUCAUGUGCUCAACGAUGCCCGCCUAUGCUAUCGGUUUCUUCAUUACGAUUAUUCUGAGAACCAUGAACUACUCGGUCACGAUGUCCCUUAUCCUGACCGCACCUCCAUACGUCCUCGCCGCCAUUUCUUGCUUCUUCUUCGCCUGGAUCUCCGACAAGACACAGAAGAGAGCCCUGUGGCUUGCCGUCCAGAACCUGAUCUGUAUCGUGGGUCUUUUCAUCGUUGCCUACGCGGACAAGAAUGGUGUUCGUUACUUCGGCCUCUUCCUGGUGAACGCGGGAGCUUCUGGCUGUAUUCCGGGUGUACUGGCAUACAAUGCUAACAACAUCACGAGCCACACGAAGCGUUCUGUCUCCAGCGCUGUUGUCGUCGCUGCUGGCGGCAUUGGCGGUAUCUUCGCCACUACCGUUUACCGCCAAAGGGACUUCCCGAAGUACCUGCCAGGUCUCUGGGCUACGCUGGCCUGCCAGUUCUCCAUGCUCCUUUGCCUCGCCUUCACCACAUGGGUAUUCAAACGCCGCAACCAGGCAUACCGCGAGGGCAAGAGCGGACCGCUGGAGAACACCCCCGGAUUCUACUACACAACCUAA